ACAGAAAAAUGUUUGGAGACGGCGUCCUCCCCCCCCCCCCCACUAUCUUAUCUAUCACAGCGGGGGGGGGGGUCGCGCCAUUAAAAUCAAACGCACACCCGGGCGCACGCAGCAGACCUGCUCGAAGGCGAAGAACAUGAGCGCGCUCCUGUUGCUUCUCGUCCUGGUCCUGGUCCUGGUCCUGGUCCCGGUUCCGGUCGGCGCUGUUGCUGUCCCCCAGGAGCGGCUGCUCCUCGGGGCCUUGGGCAUCUCCGAGCGGCCGCGCACGGGCCUCCGCGGCUCCCGGCCCCAGCGCCACGACGUCCCUCCCGCCCUCUGGAGGAUGUUCCGGAGGUCGGAGCUCGAGCGCGUCCGAGCCGGCGAGAGCGAGCCGUGCGCGGUGUCGGAGUACGGCGUCCGCGGCAACAUCAUCAGAUACGUGCAAGACCAAGGCGCUGCGGUUCCGGGUUCUGGCACGGCAUGUCCAGGCUGCGUGGACCGGCAUCUGUUUUUCAACCUGGGGGCCAUGGAGUCGUCCGAGGUCUUGUCCCUGGCUCAGCUGCAGGUCCACUUCCCGGGGAGGGCGGACCUCCUACGAAGCGGUCCCGCUCUGAGCGCCGUUCUGUACAAGGUGGUCCGGCCCACGCUGAAGGGCGGCGGCGGCGACGUCGGAGCCGACCGCCGCCUCCUCCUGUCCCAGUCGGUCCGGCCGGGCCCGCGGGGGGCGUCGGUCGUGUCGGACGUCACCGCUCUGGCCGAGUCGUGGCGCCGCCCGGCCCGCAAUCACGGUCUGCUUCUGGAAGUCCGACCUCUGGAGGCCGACCCGGAUCGGUCGUGGGCGGCGCCCCCUGUGCGGGCCUCGCUCGUGGUGGUGUCGCUGCACCCGCAGCAGUGCCGAUCCCGGCGACGGAGGAGCGCCGCCCGCGCCUCGCCCCCGGUGUCGCCCAGCAACGUCUGCAAGGCCCGCCGCCUCUACGUGGACUUCAAGGACGUGGGCUGGCAGGAUUGGAUCAUCGCGCCGCAGGGCUACGUGGCGAACUACUGCCACGGGGAGUGCCCCUUCCCCCUGAGCGACAGCCUGAACAGCACCAACCACGCCAUCCUGCAGACUUUGGUCCACUCGCUGGACCCGGACGGCACCCCGCAGCCCUGCUGCGUGCCGGUCCGCUUCUCGCCCAUCUCCAUGCUCUACUACGACAACAACGACAAUGUGGUGCUGCGCCAUUACCAGGACAUGGUGGUGGAUGAGUGCGGCUGCCGGUGACCCGAAGACCCCGGCGAUAUCCUGUCGCCGCCACGAAAUUUGAAGUCGGCGUAAUAAGUUUUUAAAGUCCGCUAUUGACACCGAAGCGUUCGACAGCUAUCGGAAAUCUCGGGGACUAGUGAGGCCGACGUGGCGCGCUAGCGUGCCAGCCGUCAGUUGGUUUCCACGGUUGUCGUAAAAAUGCGAGUCGCCGGAGCUUGCGAUUUGUUCGCGGGUGUCAACGCUGCGGUUUGCAUUCUACAACUACUCUCACAGUAUUUUGAACUAUAUUUUCUCAAAAUGUUUUUUGUCAUUAAGAGGUUACGGAUUUUCUUCCUUUUUGCCGUGUUCCCUGUAUUUUAUUGCUAGUGUUCACUUAUUUUCGCCAGAUCUACUUUCCUUAUUGGCUUCCACGGGGCCCACCAGACGGUUCUUUUACGUUUUAAAUAAAAGCAACACACGUUCAAGUUCAGACACUAAAUUCCUGUGAAAUGUGAGGAUGGUGACCUCCAGUGGACAAAAAUAAUAUGUGCAACUCGUGCGUAUUUUGUAUUGGUCUUGUGCGUUAAACAUUUAAAUAAAUGGGAAUAAUAAAGUCAAUUCAGUGUGGAGAAAC